AUGGCUAUUGAAUUUUAUUUUUUUUUCUUUGUAAAAUGCCACACUUUCUUUUGGCUUGAUCGCAGCCAAGUACCCACACGUGAUGGUAUAAGGCUUUCAACUUUUGAAUAUGGUCUUUCACCCCUGGGAACUUUAAAUCCAAAUUCUCCAGUAAUACUAAUUCUGCCUGAAUACGAACUUGAAGAUGAACAACAGGAAGAAUUAAUUGAGCGUAUAGAACAAUUAAGAAUUGGACAAUUUAAAAGUUUAAGUCUUUUCUCUUUAAAUGGAGAUGUGGCUAUUGGAAGUGUGAAAAUACCAGAAAAUUUAAUUGUACCAAAAACUCAAUUAAUACAAGACGAAUUGAAAGGAACUCGUUAUGAUGUUCAAUCUGGACCUAUACAAAUAUUGGAUACUAAAACAAUUAAAAUAUUUGGAUUUAUAUUUCAAGGAGACAAAGCCCCAGACGGAUAUUUCUAUGUUGGCCGCGGUCUGAACAUAACAAAAGAAUCUGGGGUUAAAGCUGCGAUUCGAGGAAGAGAUACUUUUGACUCAAUAACCCCAAUAAAUGAGAGAUAUACUGGAGGGAAAGAUAUUUAUGUUGAAUUGCCUAUUGGGUAUGAUGUUCAACAUAUUGACUGGAUUUCUGUUUAUUGUUUACAUUUUGAAGUAGAUUAUGGACAUGUAUUUAUUAGAAAUAUAUCUCCAAUGAUACCCCCACAUGUUCAAAUACCUAUAAGGGCUGACGACAUUUUUAAAGACAACAAGCAACUUACUUGGCAUGUUAGUAACCUCCUUGGGACUGAUUCUCAACUCAACUUUACCUUUCAAUUAGGCCCUCCUGGAGGAAUGAAGGGCCAUAAAUCGAUGAGACACGUGCCUAAACCUCCCCCUUAUGUUUGGUAUGUUAAUGGAUAUUUGGCUGAUCUUUACCUAAAAAGAGGAAUUACAUAUACAUUUAUAGUUGAAGGAGGUCAAAAUUCAUCAGUACCUCAGCUUUACAAUCCUCUUUAUUUGACUGAUAGUAUUUAUGGAGGUUAUUCAAAAUUGAGCAAUUCAGAAAAAAAACAUGCAGUAAAAUAUACGCAAGAAGAGUCUGGUCGCCUUUGCCGGUGGAUAGAAGAGGAACCCUUUGGAGAAUUAUCAGCAGAUAAAUAUUCCUCUUUUGUUGAUUUUAGAGAAACUUUGAGGCUAGAAUGUGACGAAUCAGAUGAACCUGGCAUUUUAACAUUCACGCCUAGCAAAGAUACACCCAAUAUUUUAUAUUAUGCGAGUUAUUCAAAUUAUCAAAUGGGUGGAAGAAUACAAGUUGUUGAUGAAUUCCCUGCUGAUCUCAAAUAUAUUGUUGUUGAGCCAUAUCGUUACGACGCAAAACGGCAUCAAGAAAGGAUGGUACUGGCUAGGGAAAGUAAUGGAAAUGAGAGAAAUACUGUAAAAAUUCUAACUUGUGGCAUUUUAUUUAUUUUAACUUUUUUAUUUUUGUAA